GUUGCACUGUCUGUUGUCUGACAUCCGUUGACUGUUGUAGUCACUUUGACUGUACCGUACUUCUGACGUACUACUGUACUAGCUCUAAUUUUAACUUCGAUACAACUAGAAGGGCUGUUCACAAAUUCAUAGGAUUUACCGGUACAUACAGAGGCGACCAUAUUUAGUUUUUACCAGUGCUGCAGUGAGUGAGACAAGAAUAAAUUAUCUGUCCACGAUCAGAUAUGGAAGAAGCAUUUGCCGGACCUAGGCCACGUCUGAAUGCAUCAUUGCUACCAAAAUACACAGAAAAAUAUGUCACUGUAGUUGGGACUGUCGAUGCUGGAAAGAUAUCCCCAGAUGGAAAUUCAUUUGUAUUGAAAGAUGGUGCAGGAGAAAAUAUUCAAGUUGUCUUAGAUUCACCGCUGGCUGAUAUUAUUGAAGGUGUCGUUGAAGUCACUGGAAAAGUUGACAGCAAAUGUAACGUACAUGGGGUGAUGUAUCGCGUGUUUGACUCUGAAGGAAAAUUUAACAUGGAACUCUACAACACUUGUGUGAAACUAAUUCAUGAUUUCCCACAGUACUAUGGGCAGAAAGCAUCAUGAAAGCCUAUGUUUAUUAACAUUUCGUCAGUGUCAAAGGACGUCUCCAUUCGAUGUUAUUUACAACCGGCUGCAAUUGUAUCCACUUAAUGUUGAAAUUGAUCGCAUUUUCUUCAUUAUUUCUUUCAGUUAUAGGGUCAUUUUCUAUCCUAUUUUUUUUAUUUUAGCAUUUGUUGCAUGUGUUUUUUUUGUAUAUGAAGUUCUUUCUGAUUUAAGGAUUAAAAGAAACGUGUCAUGCCUGAAACUUUGUUUCAUGUAGUCACGUUAAUAACA